GUCCCAGCUUCUGCCCUGCUGGUCUACCUUGAACACUGCUUUGAACUACUGAACGUCGUCGUCUUGUCGAGAUGGAGGACUUUCUUGCUCUGCCUGGUUUCUACAAGUUGAUGUACUUGCAUAUCGAGCCCGCCUCGACGAUCCUGCCCUCCAUCCUGGCCUGGUUCUUCCCUGGCGCGGCAUGGUUCCACCACGAGCUCAUACCUGACUCUUCGCCAACGCCGUCCGCUGGGUCUCUCGACCCGCGCACGUUGAUAGCCAUCUGGCAGCUUGGAAACUGCUAUCUGCUACUAGGAUUGAUCUCCACGCUUGUCUUUCGAGCUGUCCGAGACGCGUUGCCCAACAACCCGGCGGCUCAAGAACGUAUCCUCGGUGCGAGUUUCACAGCUCUCGCUCUUGCCGAUGUUACUCACAUGAUCUGGUCGUGGGUCGCCCUUCCUGAGGAGCUGCGGUAUAGUCCUGCCAGGUGGAACUCGAUGACUCACGGAAACAUCACGUUCGUGAUUGUUCUUUUGAGUGGAAGGCUAGCAUGGUUUAUGGGAAUAGGACGCAAGAGGUACUACUACGGGCAAAAGGCCCCAGCCAAAACAGCCUGAUAUGUCUCCUCUACGACGACAAUUGUAUGAUCUGUGGUGAUCUGUGCCUUGCUCUAGGG